AUGACUUUCUCCGCCCCCGCACUCGAGUGUUCUUCUUCAACUCCCAUGUCGCGUCCAUUGAAACAAAGAGAAAUCGCUUGUGCUCGCUGUUUCCGUCUAAAGCGGAAAUGCGAUCAUUCCAAACCGGUCUGUGGCGAAUGCCGUCGUAAAGGUGCGGAGUGUUUACCGGCCAGGUCUCGGCGGUCCGGGGACAGUAUUACAGUCCCAUUGGCAUACUUGAAGGACCUGGAAAGGGCAGUGGCUGAACUAGAGGGUCGUUCUCGAGCGGUAGUGCGAGAUGUGGGAGUUCAGACAGACUUAAGUCCAGACAAUGAUCUGUGCAUGUCAUGGGACACUCGAGAUAAAGCGGAGUUGCCAGAUGACAAUACGCUAGUCUUAUUUGCUACGUCACCGUCUCAAGACGGCAUAUCCAGACCGACUUCCCAGCUUUCAUUUACAGAUAAUUUCUCCCUGAAUGAGGAAACUCUGGACUUUCUGUGCUUCGAUAAGAGCUCAAUUUAUCCAUCGAUCGGGGACGACUCCCCGUGGCUCACCGAGCUAUAUACGAACAUCUUUUUCUCAAUAUCUCAUCGCGAAUGGCCCUUUCUGAAUGAGACAACUUGGAGAGCAUGGCAGAGAGAUCAUUUGGACGGAAGAGAAGAAUGGCGAACUUUCUUCUUGCGGAUGGUGUAUGCCAUCGGUGCAUCAUUAUGUAGCAUCAUGCGCCAUGACCCUACACAUUCCGUCCGUUCUAAAGAGCUCUACGCAUCUGCGAUGAAUUACUAUCCUCAUGUCGUGAGCCAUUCAUCGAUGGUUCUGCAGGUUCAAGCUUCCCUGCUUUUGAUCGUCUACGCAUUGCAUUCUCCGUCUUCAAAUGAGAUCGCAACAAGUGUGGCUUCAAUUGUGCCAUUUUGUACAGCGGCCAUGACAGAGAUUCGGAAGUAUGCACGAGCCAAUCCUGAUGGAGAGGUUACUGCGGCUUCGGGUGAGGCUUUGACGGAGAACAUGUUCAUCGCCUGCUACAUGUUGAAUGUUAUAAUUGCAUCCGGGUGGGAUCGACCGGUUUCUGAUGCAUAUAAAGCGGUGGAAGAAGAUAUGUGUACCCUGGGAGAUAUCAUUCAACCCCCUGUCAAUACGAACCCUGCACUUAGCCAUCUCUUCCGACUACGAAAAAUCCAAGCAAAUAUACGAAGAUCGCUAGAAAGCUCCCGCUGGCAACUUACUGAACAGAAAGAUGCCCUUAGCUCUUCCCUCAAGUCGGCUCUUGAUGUAUGGAGGCAGGAUAUCCCGCAGUAUGGUACGGCAAAUGUGUCAUCUGGCUAUUACAAUCCUAAUUGGAUGACAAAACUGUAUGACUACAGCAUCUUGAUUUUGAUGGAAGAUAAGCAUAACUUCCUUGACCAUGAAGGAACAGAAGAGAUCUUUGGCGCCGUAGUGGAGGUGUGUAUUAAGUACCGGAGCUUGCAGGAAGAAGGACAUGUCAUGUGUUUUACUUGGUCUGCUCUCGUAUAUCAAUUCCGGGCUGGAAUCAUGCUUCUCUAUCUGAUCUGGGCAACAAGACCAAUAGCAGACAUUUCAUAUCUGCAAAAAGAUCAGACUUAUAGUUCUCCCGAGGCAAUUGAAGCCUGCACGAAAAGUUUAGCUUGCUUUGCCGACCAAUGGAGCGAUGCUCACCCAUACUUAAGGAUAUUUGAGUUCUUGCAGCAGAAUCUCUAUUCAGAUACAGCUGUUCCGGGGGUCGACGCCUUGAAAUUGGAGGCUGAAUUCUAUCUUGAGAGACUCAAAGAGAAAUAUCUCCACAGAGCCAUUCUGGGUAUGAUCGAGGACAUGAUGUAUGGGGGAGUUGUGCAAUAUAAUACACCACCAGACGACCUUAUGAAGGCGAUAUAG